UUUUUUUCCCCUCUUUCCAUCUUUUGAAGAUUCAGCCACAAUAUGAUAAAAAAAGUCUCUGAUCAUCUUGUCUUUUUUAUUCAUGGCAUGGGUCAACAAUAUGAAGAAUAUGGACGUUUAGAGCACCAUGUACUUACAAUGCAAAAGAAUACACAACAAAUAUUACAACAACAAUAUCCAAAUCAUACUCUAAGAAUACAAUACGUGGCAAUAGAAUGGCAUAGUGUCAUACAUGAUCUAGUGGAUACGAAAAUGGAACAAGCAACCCUUGAAACAGUUCCCAAAGUACGGCUGGCUACCAAUCAUUGGUUGAUGGAUUGUUUAUAUUAUUUCUCAAAACCUUAUGGACAAUGCAUUAUUGAUACUGUCUGCCAACAAUGCAAUGAUGCAUAUCGUCAGCAUGUGGCUAAUUGGCCGGAAUUUACGGAAAAUGGAGGACAAGUCCAUAUGAUUGGAUUCUCUCUUGGUGGCGUCAUUGGAUAUGAUAUUGCUUCUAUGCAAUGGUUUCCUGAACAAGAUGGUCCUGCUCCUUGGCAUCAUCUUUCUACUGAUUCAUCUAUCAAUAAUAAUCCAUAUUAUUGCUACAAACCUGACAUUCAUGUACCACUCUUGGAUUUCCAAUUACGGUAUCUAUUUACAUGUGGAAGUCCUGUCGCCGCUGCGUUAGUUUUUAGGGGAUUGGAUUAUUUACAUUAUCGACCACCACCACGUACAAAACUAUUCAACGUCUUUCAUCCAUUUGAUCCUCUUGGCUAUCGUAUUGAACCAAUGGUGAAUCAAACCUAUACCUCUAUCCAUCCUGUACGACUAUUACGAGCUCAACGACAACGUAUUCUACCCAAAAUCCCCAAUCUUGGUAUUCGAUCUUCUCUUGCAAAUGCUAAACCUUUGAUUUCCAAAGCAAGACGAACAUUUUGGCAAUAUCUGGCAACCAUUUCGAAUGAGUCUGAAACGGAAGAAGGAAUCAUCACCAAUUCUGAGGAUGACGAUAGCGACGAUAUCAGUGAUAACAACGGCAAUGACAGUGAUGAUUGUAUGAAUAAGGAUGAUUGUCAUACAAUGGAUACCUACCCAAAGAAGAAAACUUCUCAGUCUCCAUUUUCUUUAUCCUCCUCGUCUGGUUUGGUCUACCUUGGUAUCAACAAUAAUAUCAAUAGCAACUCUAUGGCAUCCCCUGUGCUUUCUACAUUCUCUGUUACGAUGCAUCAUUCAUCAUUUCCUUUACCAUCAAUACGUUCUACUAUGAAAAAGCUACUCUUCAAUACCUCACGAACACCGUCUGUUACCUCUGUUCUUGCCACCAAUACCCCAGAAGACUCAUUAUUAGAUGACUCACACAUAACUGAACAACAAAUGGAUACAGAAAAUAAUAACAACGACGACAACGAUGCUGACAAUGAUGAUGAUGAUGAUGAUGAUGAUGAUUAUCAAUCCAUUUUAUCAACACAUGAAGACAAGGAUGAGGACGCAAUCUCCUUUUUUACUGCAUCAACUUUUGAUCCCGUGAUGGAGCCUUUAUCUACUGCAAAUACCAGUAUUAGUACCAACAUUGGCAACAACAGCAGCGAUAGCAAUCUAUCAACACCUUACUACCCUUUAUCUACGGACAAGAUGGAUGCUUUAUAUGAUAACAAGGAUCUGAUAGAUGACGAGACAAAAGGAAUCGUAGCCAUGGAUGGCUCAAUAUACCCUAGAUUGGAUUAUGUUUUGACGGAAACAGUCAUUGAUACCUAUGCAUCAGAAUGGAUUGUUGCUAUGAAAAGUCAUUUCAAGUAUUGGGCCAACAGAGAUCUUGUUUUACAUAUGGUCAAUGCAAUGGUGAAUGAAAUAUAGUGAUUCCUCUUUAUCUGAUCGAUUUUUACUCAAGUUUUUAUUUAUUUAUUUAUUUUUUUAUUAUUAUUAUGAUGAUACACGUUUUUUUUGAAAAUAAAAUAUACCAAGUUAUAAAC